UUGGCAGCCCUAGUUCUGCUUUGGUUAUCGGAACCGGCAGCUGCUCUGCUCUGGUGGAGAAAUCUGAGGACGGAGCUAGAGAAACGAGAGACCGGAAAACGGAAAUAUGAGCGGGAGCGGGGCCAAGAAGGUGGUGGAGACGGCGGUGAAGGCAACCAAGGCGAUAGACUGGGACGCCAUGGCGAAGUUGAUAAUCUCCGACGAGGCGCGAAAGGAGUUUGCUAAUCUCCGCCGUGCCUUUGACGACGUUAACCAGCAGCUGCAAACCAAGUUUAGUCAGGAGCCGGAACCCAUUGACUGGGAAUACUAUAGGAAAGGAAUUGGCCCUCGCCUGGUGGAUAUGUAUAAAGAGGCUUAUGAGAAAGAAGAGGGUAAGGACUGGAAGGUUAAGUACAUCAAGCCUCCUCAAACAGUGCUUUGGUGGGAGUUGAUUGCUUUGGGUGUUGAGAUACCGAAAUUCGUUGACACUGUGACUCCACAAUACAAGCCCAAGUUCGAUGCUCUGUUGGUAGAACUGAAAGAAGCAGAACAAACAUCCCUGAAGGAGACUGAAAGGUUGGAUAAGGAAAUCGCUGAGGUUCAAGAGUUGAAGCAAAAAAUAUGCACAAUGACUGCUGAGGAAUACUUCCAGAAGCAUCCAGAACUUAAGAAAAAGUUUGAAGAUGAAAUCCGUAAUGACUACUGGGGAUAUGGCCCGCAACAGUAAUUUUAUUCUCUCUGCCUCAUUUUACCAUUCCAUUUACUUAAUAAAAAUAUCUGACACCAUAUGAAAUUUCUAAGUGUUCUGCUAUUAUCAACUGAUUAUGGCUAUUUGAACUUAACUGCAAAAUAAUUUCUUAAAAAAGAAAAAAAAAUCUUACUUUGAGACUAUCAGCCUUUGAAUGGUAGCUGUUUAACUUUUCCAUAGAACUUGUUAUGUGCUUGUUUUCUUCAACAUUGAGCCUAGUAAUGCUUCAUAUUUUAAAUCA